AUGUCAUAUGCAUUUGAAUUGUUGCAAGUCUUAAACUAUUCCGCUAUAAGGGAAUUAUCAAUUUUAGUGACAACGGAGGAUUGUGUGGAGCUUGGACUAAAAUUUGCAAACUAUUUGAACAAGACCUACAUAUCUUAUAGUGAUAAAGAAGAUGAUACACUAAUAGAAGUAACAGAAUACAACAAGAGACUUGUAAAAGACAAAAACUACAUUGAUAUGGCAUGUGAGGACUUGUUCAAUAUUUUGUCAGAAGCCAAAUUUGUGGAAGAUUUGAAAAUUCGGAUAAUUUAUGGAUUUGGUGAUGUGGAUGAAGUCGAUACUGUCAAUCGAGUUUGUGAGCAAUUUAAGAUUCAUUCACAAACAACAAAAAGUCCCAUUUAUGUCCACUCACUCUAUUUGCAAUUUCUAAAUGUCUCUCAACUGCGUUCAGUAUUAUCAUAUUUUAAUCCAAACAGAUUGAAAGAAUUGGGCAUCCACUAUUUAAAUCAUUCUGAAGAGAUAUUUGAUUUUGAAAGUAUUGUGAAUAUGGAUCAUUGGAAAAGUUUAAGUAAAAUUGAACUUGGAGGUUUUUUUGUUAACAUACCUUUCAAAAAUUUCACCCACUUUGAAGAAGUAACAAUGCCAAUCUCGAACAUUUCUGAAGAUGACAUACGAGCGCUUGUAAACAUGUUUUCCAACUCCCCGUGUUCGAAAUAUUUUUGUGGUAACUACUACUAUUUGAACGAACACGUCAUAGAACAAUUAUUGGACAGUGUGAUUGGUGAAAAGCAAAUUAAUAAAUCUGACGAGCAAGUUCGAUUGAUUGGAAAUGAAUUCAAGCUUGUACACAUUCCCUGCUUGAAGACAAUUUCUAUUUAUAAAUUACCCGAUAAGAAAAAGGAGAGGAAUAUAAGGGUGAGUGAUUGUCACACAGUGGAUUGAAUUAAACUUUGCAAAGUGGGACAUUUGUUCUACUAAUUGAUUUUUCAACUCAAACCCAAGUGAAGUCUGCAAUGUUAUGUCUGUCCAAUCGGUUGAUUGUGGAAAAAAUUAUUCAAAAUUUCGAUUUUGCUGAAUUGGUAGUGCUUCGUAGAGUUUUUAGUGGAAGUCGUCGUUGUGUUGAUCUUCUCAAGCCGGACCCCAAAUUGGUGGCAAUGAAAAUUUCUGUUGGGCCUGGAUUCAUAUUGGUUGAAUUGUUUGGCAGAAACAAUGACACAACAAUUUUAUAUAAUACUCCUGGUACAGAUAGAAGUAACAUUCCUUCGUUGAACUAUAAGUACAAAGCGGACAUUAAUAGUUUCUCAGACGAUUUGAUUCAACUUUUGAAGCAUCAAACAUCUACUUUGAAAAAACUUUGUAUCACUUCAGAGCCAUGGAAAAUGGUGAAUUAUAGUAAUACUAAAAUCGAAGAUUGGAAGUUGAGUGAAGAUCAGUUUGUUGAAAUAUUUAAUAAAUAUAUCUUCUUACGUGGCGCUUUGAUUCCAGUAGAGAAACUGAAUAUAACAACGUCUAGUUUGAAAAGAGCGGAGCAAGUACUACAAAAUUUGAAUCCCGUUGCAAUUAAAACAAUUGAAAUUCAACCGACUCCCUGGGUGACAUCCCGAACCAUAGGACAUAUUGAAGGGCAAAUAUGCUUACAGCAAUGGAUAAAUGCAGAUGAGUUGAAGAUACAAAGUUUCGAAGUGGAAUGUGAUCUUGAGAAGUUGGUUCAUUUUUCAAAAGUUGACAUAUUUUUAUAUUCAAUUACAUUGGAAGAUGUCUUAUAUUUGAAAGAGAAAUUCUUAUUGUCUACCAAUUUCCGUCAAUUCAAAGCCAAGCUCUACAAGACAGAUGUCGAUGACAUAAUAUUCGAAGAGAACUUCUUGGGAGUUCCGUUUCGCAGAGUUGACGGUAUAUCAUCCGAUCAACCUGAAAUUUGGUUUUUUCCCUACACAUAUAGUAUGGAGGAUCUUCAAAUUCGAUAUUAUCGAAGAGCAAAAAAAUUUAUGUUCAAACGUGUUUCACGGAGAUGA